AUGGCAAUUGACAUGGAUGUAGAAGAAUUACUAAUCAUGGGAGACUCUGAUUUGAUCAUUCGGCAAGCACAAGCUAAUGCGCUAGCUACCUUAGCUGCAAUGUUGCCAUAUCCGUGCAACGUCCAUAUUGACCCGUUGGAGAUUCAAAUUCGAGAAAGACAUGAUUAUUGCAAUGCAGUUGAAGUAGAACCAGAUGUUCAACCAUGGUACCAUGAUAUUAAAAGGUUCUUGAAAAAAAAGGAAUACCCCGAGCAGUCCAGUGGAGACCAAAAGAGAACCAUUAGAAGGCUUGCCAGCAGUUUCUUCUUAAGCGGAGAAAUAUUGUAUAAGAGAACUCUAGAUUUGAAUCUUUUAAGGUGUGUGGAUGCCAAAGAAGCCGAAAAGAUCAUGAACUAA